CGCCGCGUAGGGUGAGUGGCGGCCAAGGGGAGACGAGUCGCUGCCUCCAGACGGUCCGUCUGGAUCCAGCCCCGGCAGGAAAUUGCUGUAUAUAAAGCUGCCUCAGCUUUUUGAUAAGCAGAAAUGGCUGUCACACUGCAUACUGAUGUAGGAGAUAUUAAAAUUGAACUAUUCUGUGAGCGUACUCCAAAGACUUGUGAAAAUUUCCUGGCUCUUUGUGCUAGUAACUACUACAAUGGAUGCGUAUUUCACCGAAAUAUAAAGGGCUUCAUGGUUCAGACAGGGGAUCCAUUAGGCACUGGGAAAGGAGGUAACAGUAUCUGGGGCAAGAAGUUUGAAGAUGAGUUCAGUGAAUACCUAAAGCACAGUGUCCGUGGGGUAGUUUCAAUGGCAAACAAUGGCCCGAACACCAACGGAUCGCAGUUCUUCAUCACUUACGGCAAACAACCGCACCUGGACAUGAAGUACACUGUGUUUGGAAAAGUUAUUGAUGGCUUGGAGACCCUGGAUGAGCUGGAGAAGCUGCCUGUGAAUGAGAAAACCUACCGACCUCUUAAUGAUGUUCGCAUUAAAGAUAUUACAAUCCAUGCCAACCCCUUUGCUCUGUAGCCACAGAGGCCUCAACACAUUCUUUAGAGACUGGUCAGAUCAGCUCCCAGAUCACAGGGUUUCAGGAGCCAUUAAAAAGGGUUACUUGAGCUGGAUCAAGUGAGAGCAGUGUCAUAAAUCGCUGAAACCUUUCUCUCCCAGAGGAUUAAAGAACAUACUUAGAGGAGUGCUUGCUCUUGUACUGCUGUGUUGAAAUGGCAACCUCUUCAACCUCCCAAAAAGUUGGGGAAUUCCAGGCGGACUAAUUGGCCGGACCGGGAUAAAAGAAAAAGACCACUUUGCAGAAGGCGCAACAAUGCUGAGAAGAGAAAGUCCCACCGCUCAGAAGUGCACAGGAGAAAACGUACUGCAAACUUGAUCUUUCUGAAACUCCUGACAGGCUGUAAAGUAUUUCUUUGCGGCUGCCACAGUUCCCAAACACAAAUUUAUGUUACUACACCAUGCUGAAAGCAGCCCAGAGGGCUGUGCAGGACUGGUGGCUGAGGCAGUGGCCUGUUAUGAGGACGAGGGCUGAUGGAGGUAGGUGACCCAGACAAUGUGGGGUGAAGCUGCACCCCCCACACUGGGCAAUCCUGGGGCCUGGAUCACCCUAGGCCUGUGUAAUGAGGAAUUGGCAUCAUGUAGCUAACUUAAAGCUUAGUCUGUGGUGAUGCAAUGCUGUUUGAGUUCUGUCAGUGAGUCUGUUGUAAAUGAGGAAUGUAUUUUGUGUUUUAUGACAGUUUUGCUUUGUGCAAGGUAGUAGGCAGCAAGGUUGUCUUUCUAGCCACUGUAGAAGGCACCUGACACCUCAGUUAACAUUUUUAAUGACUGGUCACUUUUGACUGGCAGUUGUGUAAGGCUUUGAGAUGUGGAACUUCCUCCAGUAUUAGCCCAGCAUACAUAAAUACAGUGGGGAAAUAGGUGGGACUUCUAACCUCUAAAAACAAUACUGAUAUAUAUAUGGGAUGAAGUAUGUUUUCACAAUGCAGUUGUAUUAAUGCAUAGAUGAGCUUUGGUUAUAUUGUCAGCAUGUACCAAAAAACCGGAAGGCUAGUGAGCUCAUCCUGCCCACGGACACAUUUGACCUUUCAGUUUUGACCUGUCUGGCAUGGGAGACCCUACCGGAGGCAUAUGCCACCGCCAGCACAGCUCGCAACCUCAUAAGGGCAUACUGAAAUAGUUUGGUCAAGCCCUGCUCUCCCAACUUUUCCUUCAUAGCUUCCUACAGUUUAACCCAGGGACACUUCCUUGCCCUGAGCACCCCUCAAGACACUAGGAGAAGAAGAAGGGAAGAGGGGAAAAAAAAAAAAAACCUGAAGAAAAGUACCAAGAUCAGUGUUUACAGAGCUGUUGUACUGUCUACUCUUUUGUAUGGGUCCGAAUCAUGGGUCAUUUACCGGCACCACUUGCGUCUCUUAGAACGCUUCCAUCAGCGCUGCCUCCGCACAAUCCUAAACAUCCACUGGACUGACUAUGUGACCAACACGUCUGUCCUUGAACAGGCAGCAAUCACGAGCAUUGAGGCCAUGCUGCUGAGAACACAGCUGCACUGGGCAGGGCACAUCUCCAGGAUGCAGGACUACCGCCUCCCUAAGAUUGUGCUCUAUGGGGAACUUGCCACUGGCUGCCGCAAGAGAGGAGCCCCGAAGAGGAGGUUCAAGGACUCCCUGAAACAAUCCCUCAUCCUUGGCCAUAUUGAUCAUCACCAUUGGUCUACCCUGGCCUCCAAUCGGGAGGCCUGGAGACACACCAUCUAUAACGCUGCUGCUGCUUUUGAGAACACACGCAGGAUCACUCUCGAGGAGAAAAGACAACGCAGAAAGAAUCGCGUCUUGUCUGUAUCACCUGGGGAGUCUUUCUGCUGUGCCUUCUGCAACCGGACUUGUCUAUCUCGCAUUGGCCUUUUUAGCCAUCAGCGCGCUUGUAGCAAGCGUGGGUAGAGCCCUUUCAAAUCUUCGUUCGCGAAGCCUAGCCAUGAUGAUGACCAAAAAACCCCAACCUUUCCUGCUAAGGUUGCCAUUAUUAUAAACAAUGUAUAUCUGCAUAUGCUUAGUUAAAACUAAUUACUGUUCCAAUCACUGUUAGACCUGUCUCUUCAGAAGAGGCAAACAUGUAGCUGUGAAAACAGUCAAAAAUGAUGGUGGCUGCUCUGAUGCAGCUUACGAAGUCCUAGUACUGGAAUAUCUACAGGCACUGGAUCCCAGCAGUACACUGUGAGUAUACAAAGCCACCUUUUACUUUGUUUCGGCUUUACAGUUUCUGUGAUGUCACUUUCUGUAUCAUGGGACAGAGGUGUCUCAGCACUAACACGACUGUUGCAAAUCAUGUCUCGUGGUCACUGUGCCCAGAUGCUGGAAUGGUUUGAGUACCACGGACACAUAUGCAUUGUUUCUGAGCUCAUGGGACUCAGCACCUCUGAGCUGCGUUGAAGAGAACUGCUCUCUGCCAUUUAAGCUGGAUCACAGACAGAUGGCACAUCAGACCUGCAGAUCUGUGAACUGUAAGGAUGUUUCCUUUUUACUUUGUUAUGUGAAUCAAAAUGUCUCUCGAUUUCCUUUCAGAUGUGUGGCAACAAAGAACACCUGGCAGCGAUGAAGCAAAUGCUGCAGCCUUUGCUGUAUCACAUGAUAAAAGAAAAACUGGACUGCUAUAGUUUAAAUAUUUUCAGAUUAGGUUUAAGAGCAAACUUUUUUAAAAAAAGUUUAAUAACCAUGGAGUCAUCCUUGUGCUGUAUUUAACAAGCUUGUGGAAUAUUCCCAGAUCAAUUCCCAAGUUAUUAGUAAACAUCUGGUAAACUUCUACUGAAGGGACAACACAGAAUUUUGAAUAACAGACUAUGUUCUGUUUGUUUAAGCAAAUGCAGAUAUUUCUGUGCUGGCCAGCUGGAUUGGGACGAAGAGAGUCCUGCUGGCAGAUACGUACAAACCCACUGUAAGCCACUGAAGGUGAGACGGGGGAAAUAGUUUUGAGGAGAGGAGCUUCGAGUGCAAUUAAAAGAUAAACAACAGAGCAUUUUUUUUUUUAAAUUUUCAUUAAUGAAUUCAUAAUGAUGUGCCAGGAUUCUGACCACAAAGAACCUCUUUGACCCAAACAAGCGCAUUACUCUUAAAGCAGCACUGCAGCAGCCUCUCUUCUGCCCACACAUGCAGAAAAAGGGUGCAGGCUCCUGAAGCCAAGCAGGCUGACUCACAGGGCAGUGCACCAAAGAAACCUGCAUGUCAUAGACUAUUUAUUACUUGGUUAUUUUGUAAAUACUUUAUGUUGUAAAUGCCUUACUUAGUAGUAUGACUUUUUGGAUACUUAAGUUUAAUCCAGCUGUUGGCAUCGAACUUAUUUAGAAUACAAUAGUAAACUGGUUAUGUUUUCUCAUUAAAUCAAACUUGUGGGACACUGGCACCUUUAACAUCUGGAAAAGAAAGAGCACCCUAAUACCAAGAAAGUAUUAUUUUAAUUAUGUUUUAUUCAACGGUCCUUGAAAUAGCAGAAGACCUGCUUUUUACCCUUUAGUGUCACUGUUGCUUUCUUUUUGGAUAAGGAGCAGAAACAUCCCUUGAUGUUAAGUGUAAGGAUGGCCUUUAUUUGCUUUAAAAAAAAAAAGUUACAAAGUAAGGAAGAUCACUGUAGUACUGAACAGAUUGCAUUGUGAUGACCAAUUUUUUCAUUAUUUUAUUAGGUGUACUCUGGUUACCAGUAUUUCAGUUAAUGCUCACUUAGCUUACAACAGUAUAGACUUCACUCUUUGACCCAAUCUUUCUGAAUUGAACUGUCCUGAGAAUUCCCAUUAGGAAUUAAAGUUUCAGGGAGCAGAUAAGCUGUUCGGUUUAGCAUGUCAACUGCCAGCAUAAAAGAAUCUUUAAACUGCAUUUACAGAGCAGCACAAAGAAGCUGCCCCCCUGCCCCAUCCCUGCCAGCAUCGCCCAGCUCGAGAAAGCUGUAUAUGGGACAGCACUGCUUGUACUUCCAUGAGGGAAGGGGAAAGGUGCCCCCAGAACUGAUGCUCAGCUGCAAGGGCACCUGACAGCCCCUCAGGAACACAGCCACCAGCUGUGACAGCCAGCAGGCUCGGAGAUGCCACUCUUCAUGCCCUACACAGUUACCAAUCACUGCCACCACUACAGCUUCUCUCCAGUAGCUUGCAGGGCUGGGGCACCCACCUCACCCCACAGCUGGAAUAGAGGAUUGCUUUAUGCUGGAAGUCUGGUAAAGGGAUGACAAAAUACUUGAGGACAUGGACAGCCACUGAUGAAAUGGGCUAUUUGGAGUAAGUGUUACAGACUGCAGUGCCACACAAGCCACGGUCUCUUCACUUGGAGGCUUUUUACAGUUUAAUUUGCAAGCAGAACUGCCCUGUCUCAUUCACCAUAUCACAUCUACUCCAAUACAGAUAGAAAUCCCAAGGGGUAAGGUGGAUUUCACUGUGGAAGGCCUUAAAUGACAUUAUUACAGUAGAAAAUACAGGAGGUAGAAGAUAACUGAAAGGACAAAUGCAGGUUAGAGUCAAAUCUAUAACAGCUCCAGUAAGCUACUUGAACAUGGUUUUAAAAACUAAAUCCAGUAUUUCAGUAACUAUAGAAAACAGUUAAAAUAAAUUGCCAUGAGAGCCCU